CCCAUUUUUUCUUUGUGGGUUGGUGACAACAUCUAAACCUUCCCUCCAUCUCUCUCUCUCUCCCUUUCUACCCAAAAAUCAUCAUUCAAUAAUUCAUUUCUUAAAAAACAAACUUCUUCCCACUUUUUGCAUGCCUUCUCACAAACCUAACGAAACUAGUAGGGGAAGCAUUUUCGAGUGGAAAAAGAUGGACCAAAAUGUGGAGCAAAAGCCACCAAAGAUCAACAUAGACAUCCCAAGUUUAGAAAUCACAAAUAGUUUCAAGAAACAAUCUCAAAUGCCUAUGUCACCAUUAUCUCAACAACCGGAAGUAAAGAAAUCCUCAAGUGGAAGGUGGAAUUGCCUAUGCUCGCCCACCACACAUGUCGGCUCAUUCAGGUGCCGACACCAUAGGUCUGCCUCUGGUGGAAUGUCCCGCGGUAGAUCUGUCGGCUCCAACCUCCUUGAAUUGGGGAACAAAGCCGGUCCCAUCAGCGACUCGCUCCAUGCCCAGUAACUUGUGGUGCAAGUAAUGUUGUUGCACAUAUACAUAUACUCAUAAUAACAUAUGAAAAAAAAUUCAAGGAUGUGAAAAUUUUACUUUUCUCUUGAACAAACUCAUUAAGGUGUACUUCAAUUUGUUUGUGUAUGGUGAUUAUUAAAAAAACUCAUAAGUGAGUUCUUGAGAAUAGAGAGGCCUUCUAUAUGUGUAUCUA